CUGUGGUGGAGAAGAAGGCAUACGUCAUAUUCACAAUGGCGGAGGCAGGGUGAGGAGUAGAGUGUGUCAGUUAAGUGGCGCAGUAACCAACUACAUUGCCCGCGAAAGACGCUAACGGUGCCCGAAAAAUGGCCCUGAACCCUGAAGUGGAGAGAAAAACUGACAUAGAGUGUCUGAAGACCGGUGAGCUCGACUUGGAGAGCUGCGAUAGCAAGACAAAUUCGUUGUCAGCCGCCAUCUCGGCCACAUCCAACCAAAAUGGCGAUCAGACUGGAUGUGAAGACGGUGUAAUGCCCGAACAAGAAGCCUCUGAGCGGCGGAGGAGCGGGCAGACUGCCGCGAGAAGCUCCGAUAAUUCACCUUUACCCGGCCAGAGACAGGCUGAAGAGUUGCCAAGGAGAAAUUUUCAGAUCCCGAGGAAGAUCAAGGAACGGAAAGGCCUGUACCAGUUUCUGGCCCCUGACUCCCGGGAAUUUGAGGGCCUUGUGAAGAUCCUCUCCUCCUUCUACCUGGAUGCAUCGUCCAGAGGGACAUUCUCCUACUGCAAGGCCAGGCUCAUUCACAAUGAGCUGCUGGAGAAAGAGUUCAUUGAGAAGAGGAGGGAGCUGAAGCAGGAGGGCCGUACAGACCCAGAGCUGGUGGAGUCCUACUGCUUCCUGUUCCCAGACAAGUCCAAGCUCCCGUGGAUAUGUGAGAAGGGUCUGUCUGUGGGACACUCCAGGAUCACUACACUAGGAAAUCCUGCUAUGGGUGUUUAUCUGUCUAAAUUCUCUGAUUUGCUUCAAAUGAACCCGUUUGAAGCAGGCAGUUGUGGAGACAUUGUCAUAUUUAAAGUCAUGAGGGGCCGGCUGAAGAGCAUCUUUGAGAACAUGCCUAAGAGUGUCCUGGACCCCACACCCAAGUUUGACUGUCACAUCUCCAAGAACGCCACGCGGGUCACCUCGUUGCUGUCCUACAGAGCCUUUGAACUCACGCAGCAGUACUUCUAUGAGUUUGCUUUUGAUGAGAUCAAGCCUCGGCCCAGACAUGUGUGUCCCUACGCCGUGGUGUCUUUCCAGUACAAAGGCAAGGAGUCUGCUGCUGCACCUAUGGCUGCACACAGGUUCAACAGCGCUGUCUGUGAAGGAGGAAGCAAAGGGAGGAGUAGCUACACUGUGUGGAGUGGGCCACUGGUGAACAAGGGACAAGAGUUGUGCCAGGUGUCUCUACGCUCCUCUACACGCCACUUCCUCCCUUUCAAACUAACGGAGAAGUUGGAGAUGAGUAUGGGGAUGCAGCUGGACCAGGUGAAGAGGAAGAUCCCCUCUGUUCUGUUCUCCUGGGACACCUACAGCAGAACCCGGGAAGUGCUGAAGUGUGGGAUCUACUGCAGCCUGUUUGAGGUGGUGGAUGGGAAGGGUAAAGCGACCAGCAGCACUCUCUCAGGACUCAUACAUAAACUGGAGAGAGAGCGGAUGGUGCUGGUGAAGCCGUUAGUUGAUAAAGGCUUUCUCUUCCUCUUGUCAUCUACUCAGAUGUUCAAUCCCAACGAACGUCGGGGGAGGGUUGAGAAGAGCCUGCAGGCACUGUUUGUCUUUCAGGAGUUCAGGGGAGUCACCAAGUUCACGCCCAGAAUGUCAGAGCAGGAGCCCCUGUCAGCUGAGCCCCUGCCCCCCCUCCUGGCCUCCAUGGACCCCUUCAUUCCAGCCCUGCACUACGCCUUGCUCAAGAUGCGCUCCACCCCCGAUAACAAGCACCUCAGCACCGUGGUGGAGCGCCAGGCCCUAGACUACCUGACCAGGAGGGACAGCGGCCGGGCCUUCCUCCUCCCAGAGUACCAACAGAACCUGGACGAGAGGGGCAAUGUGCACCCUGCGCCCCGCCCCAAAUCCAACAUGGAGGGCCUGCUGCGUUCCUACCUACACGGCCUCUCCUCGGCCUAUGUCCUUCCCAUUGUCAAGGCCAGGGACAUGAUGGACAGGAUCAACCAGCCCCCGCCUGCCCCAGCUCCAACUGUCCCGGACUACAGCCCUGUGUCAGACUGGGGAGGGUCAGGAGGGUCGGACAGACCAGAGAGGGUGGAGAGGCAACCUCUAGAGAGACCAGAGAGCAGCAGGAGGAGAGGGGGGCCGUCCCAGACACAUUCUAACGGGGCCGCAGCAGGGACAGGGGCCCCGCCCCAGAGGUCCAGGUUGGCCCAGAGUGAGUACGAUAAGGACAAGAUGAAAGAGUUGCUGAAGCUGAUCCAGCUGCAUAAGGCCCUGGUGAAGGAGCCAGGAGGGAAGGAGAGGGCAGAGGGGGGUGACGAGGGGGCCUGGGAGGGCCCCCACGGCCUGAAGAGGAAACUAGAGGAGGACGAAUCAGGGGCCAUGUCUAAAUACCUACGAGGAGCCCACUUCAGCAAUGGAGAGCCCAGUAGAGUAGCCCAGGGGGAGGAGGUAGAGAACUACAACCUGGCAGCAGUAAUGGAGAGCAUGGGGAUCUAUGACACUGACCUGAGGGACAGGGGAAACACUUCCCAGGCCUCCUCAGCCAACGAGACACAGCGCCUGCUCAAGAUCCUGCUCUCCACCCUCAACAAGGCCAUGGUUCAAGGUGCUGCCGCGGCCCCCACCGACCUGCCUGACCACGUGGAGUCCUCCACGGAGAACCCCCUGACUGGAGCUCUGAUUGAAGGGCGAGUGGAGCAUGCCCGACAGGACUUCUUUGAGGAGCAGGCUGUGUGCAGUCUGACCAGCCCCUUUAGCACUGACUCUCCAGGACAACAGCCACACACCUCAGACAACCCAUCACUCACCUGGGAACUGGCCUCUCACACAGAAAAACCUAUCCCCUUCUUUGAAUCUCAGAACGACAGCAACUUUGAGCAGAGGGGAGGUCUGGAGGGGGGUGAGAGAGGUCUGAGAGGUGCCUCUGUGGAGCAGGAGAGGGUAACCAAGGAAGCCCCAAUAGAGAGGGGAGCCAAGGGGGCUUCCUUGGAGAGGGAGAUGGCUCUGAGGGGAGCUUUUCUGGAAGGUGGAGCCAGGGACACCUCCCGAGAGGGGGAAAGCAAGGUGGAGAAGCCAGCCAGGGGUGUUUCUCUGGAGAGGGUAGCCAGGCCGUCCAGCACUCUGGACACUAUCGUAAGCCAGGAGCUCCACUGCCUUUCCAACUCCAUCCAGGGCCUCAUGGACAACCAGAAGAUCUACUACAACUCCCAGCUGCCCCCACGGCUGUCUCCACGCCACACCUGGCAGCCCAACAGCUCAUUCUCAGACUUUGUGGCUCCCUAUGUUGUGUCUGUCCCUGUUCAGGGCCACGUCAAUACCCUGUGUGAGCGAAUGGGCCGACUAGUACCCAAACCUCGCCACACAGACUCUGCUAAAACACCUGGGGCCCGUUCUACCCUCCAUGUUCCCUCCGCCACUACCCAUCCUAUUCCUUCUUUCCCUCCCCCGCCCCAUUCUCUCUCCUCAAUCCCUCCCCUUCCUUCCAUGCAUCACCUUCCACCCCCGCCUGCCCUCGUCCACUCUCCUGCCCCUGUCCUCAUCACGUCCCCCACUGCCAAGCCUGUCCCCAAAACCAAAGCACAGCCCCCUCAGGCUAAGAGCUCUUCUUCCCAGAACCGGCCCAAACCGGUCCCAUUCAAACAGACCCACAAGAACCCCUCUGCAGCACAGAAGCCCUCCACAGAGAGGAAGUCAGAACCAUCUGCCUCAAAGAGAGAGGUCUACUCUCCCCAGGCCUCAAUGGACUCCUCAGACUCCACCCCAAAACGGCCUAAACAAGAUGCCAUCACAGCCCCCUCUCCCCUUACCCCGGCGUCAGCCGCUGGACUACUGAUGGGCCAGCUGAAGCCUGAGGUGUUCAGCAGCCUGGUGGAGAUCUUCAAGGAUGUGCAGAGGAACACGGUCAGAUUCUACAUCCACUCUGGAGAGGAGGAGGAGAGUGACAUCUGUGUGGAGAUCAAGGAGUACUUGCUGAGCCUGGGCAACACGGAGUGUAACCCACAGAUGUUCCUGGAGAAUAACAGCAGUCUGGAUAAGUUGCUCAUCGUCAUUCAGAACGAGGACAUCUCAGCCCACGUCAACAAGAUCCCAGCUCUGGUGUCAUUGAAGAAGCUCUCCACUGUGAGCUUUGCAGGAGUUGACAGUCUGGACGAUGUGAAGAACCACACCUACAAUGAGCUCUUCGUCUCUGGAGGAUUCAUAGUGUCUGACGAGUUUGUCCUCAACCCAGACUUCAUAACCCACGACCGGUUGCAGGCGUUCCUGCGGUUCCUAGAGGAGCAGAGCUCUCCAGAGAACCCCUGGCAGUGGAAGAUUCACAAUAAGUCUCAGAAGAAACUCAAAGAGCUGGGCAGGUUGAACAGUGAUGCCAUGGCUCUCCUCAACCUGCUGACAGCCUAUCAGAAGAAGCACCUGGUGGAGUUCUUGCCUUACCACGAGUGUGACGCCCAAUCACGUCAGGCCCCUGAUCUGGACUGCCUGGUCAAGCUCCAGGCUAACCACACCCAGCACCGCCACUUUAUCUUCCUCACAGAGAGGCGCUUUGAGAUGUUCAUGCAGUACUCCAGGAACGGCAUAGUGAUCGCCAGCAUUGAUGACAUCAUGACCAGUUUCCACAGCCUGAUUGGCUCCAGAGGUCAGAAACAACUGCCCACACCGCCCUCCACUGUAGUGCAUGAUGAGUGUAUAGAAGAGGAUAUGUCGCUGGACUCUGAUGACGACAGCCACAACCAGGUGAUCGUAGAGCAUCCUGCCCAAUCCCAGGAGGGGGUAGCAGCAGCGGGCAUGGGGGACUCAACCCAGCAGCCCCCCUUACCAGAGUCAGAUGAGUUCCGCCCCCCUCUCCCCGACCAGCUCAACACCCCUGGCCGACACACCCCCUCCAUCUCCUACUCCAGCAGAACCCCCAACCUGUCCAACUUCGCUGCUCUCAAAUCUGCCAUCUCCCAGUUCAAAGCCUCCAACCAGAUUGGUAGGGCGGACAUAGGCAGCACUUCGCCAGGAGGGUUUUCUGUCAACCCCCACCAGAGCUUCCUGUGUCCGUCUACCCAGUGGGUGUCCUACUCUGGCUCCUCCGGCUACACUGCCUCCCCAGCCUACCCCGCCUCGCCCUGUAGCACCACCCAAGAACAGGACUACAGAAACCCAGCCGCAGUACCUACUACAGCCCCAGGUUCCACUCUGACCAGCCAGGCUCCCCUCACCCUACCGGACAUCCCCCAGCCUCCCCCGCUUCCUCCACAUCUCAAGAUGGGUGGGACUCUGUCCCAGUCGUUUAGCCUACCUGGCUCUGUUAGUGGAGCGGCCGGGGUUGGUGUUGGAGCAUCUAUCUCCACAGUCAGCAGCACUAGCACUCUGCCCAUCACAGCCAUAGUGGCCUCUUCCUCUUCUCUCUCCACUGCACUAACAUACUCCGACCCUACUGUUGCCACCACAGCCUCUUUAGGCCUGGACUACACUCAGAGCGACAUGGUCCAGCUUGGCUACCCGGCAGCGGUCAGCUCCAGCGCUAACGGGACCCCCACCCAGCAGGGGGACAGGAGACUCAGUGGGCCCGGGGAGAGCCCAUGGGGGUUAGGAGGAGGAACCCCUAACAGCCAGGGAGGGGCCAGGCCUGGCUCUGUCUCCCAUAGCAGUCUCACCCAAGGUGGGGAGAGGGAGAGGACAGGCACUCCUGGUGGCAGUACCCCUGGAAGUCAGGGGGGCAGGACUCCAGUGAACAGUUUAGAAAGCCUUGGAGUGGGUAUGGGUGUUCCCUCUGUGGCCACCAGGGGGGGCUCAAUAGCUAGGCCCAUGCUGCCCAUCCAUGGGACUGGAGGCAGUCGAGGUGGAGAGGCCAGUGUCCAGCCACUCAGCGGUGGUGGCUACGGCUGUUUAGGUGCCAUGCCUGGACAGAUGGGCAUGGGACGCGGCGGCAUGGGACGCGGCGGCAUGGGACGCGGGGGUAUGGGUCCCGGGUCGUUAGGGGGGGUACAGAGGGAGAGGAGCCCCACAGAGAGGCCCCUGGCCCAGGCCAGGAGUGGGACCUGAACGGCCGGAUGGAGGUGGACCCUGCGGACCCUCCUGGGGUUACCCGAAGGGGAGGGGAGGGGGACAAGAUUACUACUCAGAUUACACAUACUCACACAACUACUCCCCCUGAACAGACAAUCAUGAUUACAGAGGGGGGAAUGGACAUGCCACACUCAGAGACUGGUAGAGCUGUCUGAAUGUACAUAUUGACUUGUCAUAAACACUUUGAAUUGAUAAUGAUCAGAAGGAUCCUGUUUUUUUUACAAAUAAACUUGAUACAGGCAGUGCCGAGUGUCGAUACUGUCGUAACCGUACGCUCUUUACAUGUAAGCUGUUUCAAACCCCUGUUCCGACCACUAUAUUUAUAAUUGUCAAGAAAUGUAAUGGCCUUCCAAGCGUCUCGGUUUUGUUUUAUUUUUUUAUUCUUUUAUUUUAUUUUUUCGGUUUGUGAACAAGGGGAGAAAGGCAGACUAUUUUUUUAAAGAAAGAAAAAAGAUCAGUGAAAGGCACCACUUUCGCUGUUGGUUUUCUUUUUUACAUCCUUGGUUGUUCCCCCCCAAAAGAUCUAUUAAAAUAAACAUGUUUCAAAUCA